GUUGCCCCAUCCGGGCUCUUGUGACGCGCAUGACAGCCGUUGUAAAUCUCAAGACGACAGUAAAUACCGCAGAGAAGCCGAAUAAGUUCAUCUGUGACAAACAGCAGAGCGGUUCCUCAUGAUCUGACACAUACAUGUACAUUAACAUUGUACCCGAAAUAAACGGUGCGGACGGCUUCAGAUCCUGACUGUUCUACACAUCUUCACUGCCUUUGCACUUAACGUAUGAGUUUUACAUGAAGAGGGCCGAGAAACCCGAGGGAUACAGACAGAUGCGACCCAAGACGUUUCCUGCAAGCAACUGCAGUGGGAACAGUCAACAGAUGCUCCAGGAGAUCCGGGAGAGCCUGCGGAACCUCUCCCGGCCGUCGGACGCCAUCAAGGCCGACAUGAACGCCGCGAAGGGUUCCCUGGACGACCCCCGACAACAGGGGCGCAGUACCAACCCCAAGAACCCCCAUCACAGAGCCCUACAGGAGAUCCGCGAAUCUCUGAUGCCGUUCGCCAUCAACAAGCGCAUGCUGCAGGAGCUACAAGAUGCAGGUUUUGAUGAGGAGUUGGUGGUUCAUGCUCUGAAACAGACGGACAGUCGCAGCGUGCAGGCAGCUGUGGACUACAUCAGUAGAAACUUCCAGGUACCUUUGAGGGAGCACAUCCCUGCCGCUGCCGUGCGUCCGGUAAACCCGGCUUUAAAGCAAGCAGGUCCAUCUCAAGGUCAGCAGCCAGUGUUGCGACGGCCAAGCUGGAAAGGCUCUAAGGAAUCUCUGGCCCCACAGCGGCACAGCGCUCUGCUUACUGAUGGCAUAAUAUACCGCCCGAGUAGCCCAGGACCUCAGGGUGACCUCACACGACCAGCAAACUUCCCUCAAAAUCUCUCACGCCAAGUGCGCAGCAUCACCCCUCCUCCCUCCUCGUGGGACUCCAAUAACAAGCGUGGUUCUGGGAACCUCGAUUAUCUAGUUCCCCGGAUCUCCCCUGUGCCUCAGGGACCCCGGCCCGACAGCUACAUCAACCCUCCGUCCCAGGCUCAGCGAGGCCUCAGUCCAGUGCCGGUGGGUCGGCAGCCCAUCAUCAUGCAGAACACCGGGGGCAGUAGAUUCACUUUUCCCCCAUCCUGGCCUCAGAAUGGCAACGGACAGUGCGAUUACACAGGCAGCCGACAGCCCCCCCCUCCUCCGUAUCCCAUGCACCAGUCGAGUAGACAGAGUCCCACGGCUCUGCAGUUGCAGUCCAGCGCAGCCGCACCCUCAAACGGAUCCAACCUUCCCUCGAGCAUGCUGGUCCCCAACCGCAACAGUCACAACCUUGAGAUGUACAACCUUGGAGUGAUGCCCCAAGUCAGACAGCCCGUGCAGCAGCCUCAGAUGUCCCCUGGACAUAACUGUAAACAGGAAGUUCCUCCGUCAUGGCCACACAGCGUCCCAGGACGCUCAAACUCCUUCACCAACACUCAGUCCAGUGGGCGGCAGUGUCCCAGCUCUCAGCCGUCCGCCACUACCGUCGCCACCACUGUCACCACCAUUACGCAAGCUCCCAUCCUGCAGCCGGUAAAGAGCAUGCGCGUGCAGAAACCGGAGCUGCACACCGCUGUGGCCCCAACCCACCCACCCUGGGUGCAGCAGCCGACCCCUCCGCCCAACGUCUAUCAAGAACCGGUGACUGCACCCGAAGUCCCGAGUUACCAAGGGCCACCCCCUCCUUACCCUAAAUACCUGCUCCAACAGCCACCUCCACCAGGGUAUGACUCUAACCCCGCUCCCAAACCAAGCAGCAAAGAAGAGGACUGGCCGGAAAACGAUGCCGACAGCACCUGCUCCAGCGAACGCCCCGAGAGCUCGGAGGAACGCGAGAAGAAACAGAUCACGACGUCUCCCGUACCCGUGCGGCGUAAUAAACGGGACGAGGAUCGUAAAGGGGAAAGUCGGCUUCCCGUGUAUUCGGUGCAGGCCUUUAAGUUCUUCAUGGAGCAGCAUGUGGAGAACAUAUUGAAGAAUCACCAACAGAGACACAGAAGAAAGAAACAGCUGGAGAGCGAGAUGCAACGGGUGGGGCUGUCGGGCGAUGCGCAGGAGCAGAUGCGCAUGAUGCUCUGCCAAAAAGAGUCCAACUACAUCCGUCUCAAGCGUGCCAAAAUGGAAAAAUCCAUGUUCGAGAAGAUCAAGACUCUGGGAAUCGGAGCGUUCGGUGAGGUGUGCUUGGCACGGAAAGUGGACACGGGAGCACUGUACGCCAUGAAGACCCUCCGUAAAAAAGAUGUGCUGUUGAGGAACCAGGUGGCCCACGUGAAAGCAGAGAGAGAUAUUCUCGCCGAAGCAGACAACGAGUGGGUCGUCCGCUUGUACUACUCUUUCCAGGAUAAAGAUAACUUGUAUUUUGUCAUGGACUACAUCCCUGGUGGCGACAUGAUGAGUCUGCUGAUCAGGAUGGGCAUAUUCCAAGAGGACUUGGCCCGGUUUUACAUCGCAGAACUUACAUGUGCUGUGGAAAGUGUCCACAAAAUGGGUUUCAUCCACCGAGACAUCAAACCAGACAACAUUCUGAUAGAUCGGGACGGACAUAUCAAACUGACGGACUUUGGCCUGUGCACGGGGUUCCGCUGGACGCACGACUCCAAAUACUACCAGAGCGGUGAUCACGUGCGUCAGGACAGUAUGGACUUCAGUAAGGAAUGGGAGGAUCCAGCUAACUGCCGCUGUGCAGAUCGACUGAAGCCGCUGGAGCGCAGAGCAGCUCGACAACAUCAGCGCUGUCUGGCACAUUCACUCGUGGGAACACCAAAUUACAUCGCACCCGAGGUUCUGCUGCGCACAGGUUACACACAGCUGUGUGAUUGGUGGAGUGUUGGUGUUAUCCUUUAUGAGAUGUUGGUCGGUCAGCCUCCUUUCCUGGCAACGACUCCUCUUGAGACCCAGAUGAAGGUGAUCAACUGGCAGACGAUGCUACACAUCCCCCCGCAAGCCAAGCUGAGUCCUGAGGCUACUGAUCUCAUCCUCAAGCUCUGCCGUGGCCCAGAGGACCGGCUCGGGAAAAACAGAGCCGACGAGAUCAAAGCCCAGCCCUUCUUCAAGACCAUUGACUUCUCCACGGACCUCAGGCAGCAACACCACGCGCCUUACAUCCCCAAAAUCACACACUGCACAGACACCUCCAACUUCGACCCUGUGGACCCUGACAAACUGUGGAGCGACGACGCCGACAGCAAUCACAACGACACGCUCAACCGCUGGUUCAAGAACGGCAAGCACCCGGAGCACGCCUUCUACGAGUUCACCUUCCGCCGCUUCUUUGACGAUAACGGCCACCCGUACAGCUGUCCCAAACCCAUCGAAAGUGAAGGGUACGGUACGGAGGACGACGAGCCUGUCAACUCUUCUGAAGGGCUGGGGGCGGAGCCGGGCCGGGAUCUGGUGUAUGUUUAGCGUGAAUCUGAAACGCUUGAGAACAUGUCUGGGUCACAUUUGACCCCAAAAAUAUAACUAUUUUUUCAUUUUACUCUCACGACUCUAAUGUAAUUUUUUACGGUUUUACAUGCAAAUUGAAAUGAUCAGCAAUAUUAAAGUGUAAUAUUUAUAGA